AUGCUGAGGUUCUCGAUUCAACGAAGGUUUAUCACGACGUUCUACCAUCUGUUUCCUAAGACCUUUCCCAAGAAAUUGCCCAUUUGGAGCAUAGAUCAAUCAAAAUUAAGGAAGGAAUAUAGGCAGUUGCAAGCACAGCACCACCCGGACAUGGUUCAACAAGGUAGCGAACAGUCUUCAACGCUCAACCAAGCCUAUCAUACGCUCAAGGACCCCCUAAGAAGGUCACAGUACAUGCUCAAACUCUUGCGCAACAUCGAUUUGACCCGGGAACAGACCUCGCAUGAGGUGACUACGAGUGAUCCGCAGCUCUUGUUGAAGGUUCUAGACAUCCAUGAUGAAUUGUCUCAGCUGGAUGAUGAAGCUGAUGUGAAGAAUUUGGCAAAUGAAAACAAACAAAGGAUUCAGAAUAUCGAAGCACAUUUGGAGCAAUGCUACAACAAGGAGGAUUACGCUUCUGCGGUGAAAUUGACCGUGGAGUUGAAAUACUGGUACAACUUAGCCAAAGCAUUCAAGGAAUGGGUGCCAGGAGAAUCAUUAGAAUUGAAUCACUAG